UGAGGGGGCGCGCGCACGAGCCGCGAGCAAGAAACCGCGCGUGUGCGAAAAAUAAAUAUUGUUUCACUUUCACUAACAAGCCUCCGUCGUCUCGACGGUGCCGCCGCGUCCAAAACGAUUCAAAAACAGCGGAGGGGGAAAAAAAGCGCGGCGUCAUGGCGAUGAAGUACCCGGAUGCACGGAGAGACGAGACCACGGUGGACGACUACCAUGGAAGGAAGAUCUGCGAUCCCUACAGGUGGCUGGAGGACCCUGAUGACGCAGAAACGAUAGCCUUUGUUGAGGAGCAGAACAAAGUGACCAUGCCGUACCUGGAGCAGUGUGCUGUUCGCCCUCAGUUCCAUCAGCGGCUCACUGAGCUCUAUGACUACCCCAAAUACAGCUGCCCCUACAAAAGAGGGAAGAGGUACUUCUACUUCCACAACAAAGGUCUCCAGAACCAAGACGUGCUCUACGUGCAGGACUCUCUGGAUGGAGCAGCCACUGUAUUCUUUGACCCCAAUAAACUGUCUGAAGACGGCACGGUGGCGCUGAAGAUGGGCCGUCUCUCGGAGGAGUGUGAAUACUUUGCGUACGGUCUGAGCAGCAGCGGUUCUGACUGGGUGACGGUGAGUUUCAUGAAGGCGGACGAUCUCACUCCGCUGCCCGAUGUGCUGGAGAGGGUGAAGUUCAGCUGCUUGGCCUGGACUCACGAUGCCAAGGGCAUCUUUUACAACUGCUACCCGCGGCAGGAAGGCAAAAGUGACGGCACAGAGACCACCUGCAACGUCAAUCAGAAGCUCUUCUACCACGUCAUCGGCACCAAGCAGUCAGAAGACAUCCUGGUUGCCGAGUUCCCCGAACAUCCCAAGUGGCACAGCUCAGUAACCAUAUCCGAUGACGGCCGAUACGCUGUGCUGUCCAUCACUGAGGGCUGUGAACCCGUCAACCAGCUGUGGUACUGUGACCUUCAGCAGCUCCCUGGUGGCGUCGCAGGUCUCCUGCCAUGGGUCAAACUCGUAGACAACUUUGAUGCCCAGUACUCGUACGUCACCAAUGAGGGAACAGUGUUCACAUUCCGCUCCAACUUGGACGCUCCUCGGUACGCUCUGAUCAACGUCGACAUCCAGAAACCAGACAGCUGGACGACCCUCAUUCCGCAGCACGACAAGGAUGUCCUGGGCUUUGUCUCCUGUGUGAACCAGCACCACCUGGUGGUCAACUACGUCCACGACGUGAAGGACGUCCUCCAGCUGUGUGAGCUGUCCACAGGCCGGCUGGUCAGGGACCUGCCGCUGGAUGUCGGCACGGUGGCCGGAGUGAGCUGCAAGAAGGCACAUUCUGAACUGUUCUACAAGUUCACCUCCUUCACGACACCCGGUGUCAUUUACCACUGUGAUUUGAGGGAGUCCGACCCGCAGCCCAGCGUGUUCAGGGAGGUGGAGUUGAAAGGCAUCAAGCAAGAAGAAUACGAGAUCAACCAGGUAUUUUAUCCAAGUAAAGAUGGAACCAAGAUCCCCAUGUUCUUAGUUCACGCCAAGGGCCUCAAGAAGGAUGCCUCUCACCCGGUGUUCCUUUAUGGCUAUGGGGGCUUUGAGGCUUCCAUACAACCAUACUACAAUGUUGCAUACCUGCUGUAUGUGAGACACCUGGGAGGCAUCCUGGCCGUGGCAAACAUCAGAGGGGGUGGAGAGUACGGGCUCACCUGGCACAAAGCCGGCACGUUGGGGAACAAGCAGAACUGCUUUGACGACUUCCAGUGUGCAGCAGAGUACCUGGUGCAGGAGAAAUACACCACAGCCGGCCGCAUCGCGAUCAACGGCGCCUCCAACGGCGGCCUGCUAGUGGCGGCAUGCGUGAACCAGCGUCCAGACCUGUUCGGCUGUGCUGUGGCAGAAGUGGGGGUGAUGGAUAUGCUCAAGUUCCACAAAUUCACCAUCGGCCACGCGUGGACCACCGACUACGGCUGUUCUGACGACCCGGAGCAGUUUGAGUGGCUCAUCAAGUAUUCCCCUCUGCAUAAUGUGCCGCAGCCACCUUACUCCGGCCCCCCCUACCCAGCCGUCCUGCUUCUGACUGCAGAUCACGAUGACCGCGUGGUGCCUCUCCACACCCUCAAGUACUGUGCGGCGCUGCAGCACGGAGUAGGCAGCAGCUCCGUGCAGCGGCAGCCUCUGCUGGUCAGGGUGGACACCCGCAGUGGGCACGGUGCAGGGAAACCCACCAGCAAGGCCAUCUUGGAGGACACGCACAUCUUCUCCUUCAUCGCCGAGACACUGGGGCUGAGCUGGAUCGAUUGAAGAGAGAGAACGGUGUCACGGGUGUUUUUGGGAAAACACACAGUCCUGUUGGAGAAAGAAACAUGAUCUGGUAAAGAAUCUUAGAUACUGUCUGAUGUGCUACAAUAAAGAAGUUUUCAUUAGUU